AUGGAGUUUGAAAAUUAUGAGAACCAUCUACCACCUAAGACGGAUGAUAAGCCGGUGAGCUCCGCUUUACACGAAAUGAUGCACGUUGCUGGGGCAGUACAUGAACAGUCCAGGAGUAGCGAUCGCCACAGAGUCCUAAAUUUUCGUUGGGCUCAAAUUCCCAAAAUGGACGAACCAAAUUAUAUGGGUUUCGAUGUGUCCAACGCUAGACAGUACGACCUUGGCUCCAUCCUUCAGUAUCAAGUUUCUAUUUUUCUUAACGACCCAGACUUGGAAUAUCUGACCAGAUUGCGGCACAUAGACCUCUCAUUCUACGAUAAAGCAGAACUGAAUGCAUUCUACAAAUGCGCUAAUCCUGAUCACUGCGCAAUUUAUUCAACUUGUCAAAACGAUGGUUAUCUCAAGAGGGUGGGCGGUUUGUGUUACUGUGAGUGUGUGGAUGGACUCUCAGGAAGAGACUGCACAGAUGUAUUCACCUGUCCUGGAUGCGGGGGGACUAUCAACUUAACAGCCGGAGGAACAGAAAUGAUUGACAUGGUUGGGUAUAAGAAAGGCGUGAGAUGUACCUGGCUAAUCAAGGGCCCUGAGAAGACCACGAUCCAAGUCUACAUAAAUAGCUUAGGACUUCCAAUGAGCCGUAAACGCAACUGUUACCAUUAUAUAGAAAUUAGGGAUUAUCUUUCUGGAUCAAGAGGGAAAAUAAUCUGUGGAAACUCUAGUGGUGAAACAUUUACUAAGAAAAAUUUAGGCCCAACCAAUACAAUGAUCGUCCGCUUUAAUAGCUUACGAUUCAAGACCCUCGAUCCCGGGAGCGGAUUUGCUUUGACAGUGACUGCAGUGCCAUCUGCAUGCAGUAGUUCCCCUUGUAAAUAUCCUGCAACAUGUAAAAAUGGCGCGCACAUCGACAGCUUCACUUGUUUGUGUACUGAAGGAUAUUCGGGGACUAAUUGUGAUACUGUAGCAGCUAAUGCAACCGUAACAGACAGUUUUGAACGCGACUUCUCAACAUUAAUGAAACAUGGUUCUUCGAGGGUUGAUUUCAAAUGGUCCACAAAGAAGUACUGGAACUUACACGACGUUAAUAUAACAGCAUUUGAUGGUUACCUAAUGGCUAUACUCGUAAAUACUUCUCGUGCAUCUUAUUUUCCAUACGACAGUGUUGCAAAAUUAGAAACAUCUGUUGUUUUUGAAAGAGCCAAUCGAUGCCUCCGGUUUAAUUAUGCUUUAGCAAACAACGACCCUGUAGGUUUUUUUCGGACAACGCUGACGGUUAGAAUAUCUAGUGAUUCGGGAACCUCGAAUGUUGUAUUCAAUACAAGUACUGGCAACAAAUGGGCAAGUGUUGGGAUCAAUCUUCGUGCAGUCAAUAACAUGAAGAUCGUAUUUAAAGGUGUUUAUGGAUACCAGCAUCUUGCUUUGGAUAAUAUUCGCAUAACACCACUACUUUGCCGUGCAGUUAACCCCUGUGAUGAUGUUGUAUGUCAAAAUGGUGGAACAUGUGGAAUCGUUGUCAAUAAUAGCACACUCACUGCCCACUCUCAGUGCAGCUGCCAGUUUGGAUUUUCCGGACAAUACUGCGAAAAAUAUAUUUGUACAGAGGAGAGUUGUCUGAAUGGAGCAUGUUUCCCAUUGUCUUCCUCAACAUACACGUGUGAUUGUAUCGACGGGUGGAGCGGGGACAAAUGUGAUAUAUAUACAUGUGCUAAUGUCCAGUGCAAUCAAGGCCGAUGUGAGGCUCUGUCAGAAACAGAAACACGAUGUAUUUGUGAUAACGGCUGGCAUGGGCAAUUCUGUGAUAGUACGAGUGAUUAUUGACAACAGUCAUGUCUAGAGGCCUUUUCACCAUUAUUUUACAGGUUGAGAUAGUUGAAGCUUAUAUA